AUGUCCAGCAACAGUAAAGUCUCGCUGGCCAACGCGAAACUUCAGGCAUUUACUGCGCCUCCAGCUUCACCCCAGUCACCUCGCAGACUCCGCAAAUAUCAAUCACACCAGUCUUUAACAUCAACCGCAUUUUCCAGCUUCGGACAGCCUUUACCAACGACCGCAACCGCGGGACACAAUGGCAGUAAUAAUCGACAGCGCGAUACCAGCAUGACGCAAGAUGUUCAAUCAGAUACGAAUGUGCGCCCUCGGACACGUGGAAGAUCGAACAGUGACUCGGGCUCAAGCAACCCCACGCCGUUGACGACGGGUACAGUAAGACCAAAGCGGCCGGCCAGGAAGACAGAUUCGUCCGGUUUUUUGAUCAAGAGAUCGAGCUUAGAUGCGUUAUUACGGGACGGACCGGCUGAUGGAAGGUUACUUGACACGUUACAAGAGUUGAGGUUGAUGGUUCUGUCGAAUAGAGUCGAUGCAGACUCAGAUGGGAUGUCUACAUAUCGAAUAUACCUCUGGCUAGCACUCCUCGGUGUCCCUCCACUACCCACAGACGAAUACCUUGCCCUCGUUCACCGCGGCAGAUCUCCAGCAUAUGCAAAAAUCAGGAACGACACAUUUCGAACGCUCGCCACCGAUCCACUAUUCAAACGGCGAGUUACAGAAGCCAGUUUGAUUCGCUUAUUGAAUGCAGUAGCAUGGAAAUUGCAUGAUGCACAACAAGUCACCAAACCGUCAUCGCGACCAUCUUCGAGAAGAAAGGAGCUACUAGAGCUUGCUAUAGAUAGUCCGCCGACGAUAGAGGAAGAGCCAGAGGGCGGCGACUCGGUACAACCUUUGGACAAUCCGACUUCAAAACCGGCAAUCUAUGUCCAAGGCAUGAAUGUGCUCUGCGCUCCAUUCCUCUACGCAGCUCGCAGCGAAGUCGAGGCUUUUGCGCUCUUUCAUUACUUUGUCACAAAGGAGUGUCCGGGAUACGUGCGAGGAGCUAUGGAUGGUGUUCACAAGGGUCUUCGUCUAGUUGACCGGUGUCUGGAAAUUGUCGACCCGAAACUGGCGGCUUAUCUGUUCUCCAAGGGGAUGUAUGCGGAAUUGUAUGCGUUUCCCUCUGUGCUGACACUGUGUGCCUGCACUCCACCAUUGCCGGAAGUGCUUCAUUUAUGGGAUUUCUUAUUUGCAUAUGGCCCGCAUUUGAAUAUCCUGUGUAUUGUGGCACAGCUUAAUCGAAUGAGGGAUGCCAUUCUUCAAAGCGAGAGCCCAAAUAAACUGUUACGCUCAUUUCCGCCCCUUGAGGCAGACAAGGUGAUAAGUCUGACAGUAUCUUUUGUGCGAAAGAUACCUGAUGAUCUAUAUGGGGACUUGGUUGAUCACGCUAAGUGAUUUUCAAAAUAUGAAUGACACCACGAGCAUUCCAAGGCGCUUAUUUUGUCGCAAUUUUUCGUUUGAUGAUAGACAUUAUGUUCGGAGCGAUUUGGAUAACAUGUACAUUGUGUGCAUAAUAUGACCUUGCAUUUUAUUUCGGCAUGAUAACGAGUUAAUAUAGAUUAUGAUAUGA